CCAGAAUAAGAAAAAAGAAGAAGAAUAAGUUUGAUUACCCUUUCUUCAAUUUUAUUUAUUUUGAUUUGAUUUGAUUUGAUUUGAUCAGAUUAGGGUUUGCUUUCAUUCUUAAAAGACACUUAAUUUGCCGACUAAACCUAACAGAUAUGGCGAUUUGUUCACAGAGGAUUGGAGUAUCAGGGGGUUUUGGAGGUAAGUUUGAUUCAGUGAAACAGAGCAGAACACCUCAAUUGAUUGUUAAAGUUGGGGCAUUUGGGAGUUUGAGAAAUGGGGCGUUGGGGAAUUCAGUAAAUGAGGUUGCUUUAUUCAGUACCAGUAAGAAUGGUAGGUAUAUUGAGAGAAAAGAGAAACAUGAGGGGUUUAGGAUUUGGAAUUCAUUGCAGCAGAAUACGGGGUCAGAAUCUAGUGAAUCAUCACCUGUGGUUGCGAUUUCGAAAGAGGAAGGAAAGGAGGGUGUGAUUGUGAAGGAGAUUGAUGAUUCGGAGGGUGUUGAGGUGAAUCAAGUUGUUGAUAAUGGAAAUGGUGGUGAUGGUAAUGGGAAAGCUGGAGGAGGAAAUGGUGGUGGGGGUGGUGGUGAGAAUGAAGAGAAUGAUAGAGAAGAAGAGGAGUUUGGACCAAUUAUGAAGUUUGAGGAGGUGAUCAAGGAAGUGGAAAGAAGGGGUGCAAGUCUUCCUGCAGAUAUGUUAGAGGCUGCAAAAAUUGUUGGGAUUCGCGAAGUUCUUCUUCUUCGUUACUUGGAUAUGCAGGGAUCAGGUUGGCUACUGGGUUUUCUAAUGAGGUCGUGUGCCAUGCUGCGGAACAGAAUGCUUGCUGAUCCUGCUUUUCUAUUUAAAGUUGGAACUGAGAUAGUUAUUGAUUCUUGCUGUGCAACCUUUGCUGAAGUUCAAAAGAGGGGCAAAGACUUUUGGGCAGAAUUUGAGUUGUAUGUUGCAGAUCUAUUGGUUGGCGUUGUUGUUAAUAUCGCUCUUGUAGGUAUGCUAGCGCCCUACGUCCGCAUUGGGCAAGCGUCGUCUGCUUCACAAGGAUUAUUUGGACGGAUGCAGCAUGCUUAUGCAGCUUUACCUAGCAGCGUGUUCGAGGUUGAAAGGCCAGGGUGUCGGUUCUCAGUUCAGCAACGGAUUGCAACAUACUUCUACAAGGGUCUUAUGUAUGGAGCUGUUGGUUUUGGAUGCGGUCUGGUUGGGCAAGGCAUUGCAAACUUUAUCAUGACAACUAAACGGAGCAUUAAGAAAUCAGAAGAAGAUAUCCAUGUGCCACCUCUAAUCAAAAGUGCAGCUCUUUGGGGUGUAUUUCUGGCAGUUUCAUCCAAUACCCGAUACCAGGUUGUAAACUUACUGGAACGACUGGUCGAAACAUCCCCUGUUGGAAAGCGAGUCCCUCCAGUAGCAUUGGCAUUUACUGUUGGUGUUCGAUUUGCAAACAAUGUUUAUGCAGGCAUGCAGUUUGUGGAUUGGGCCAGGUGGAGUGGCUGCCAAUGAGAAAGCAAGCAUUACGCGACAUCCAUCGAGUUUUCCCUUCAACAAUAAGCUGGGAGUUUAGUAGCUCGAAAACACUCCAGUAGAAACACAGGAAAACCUUGCAUAGUAAUAGCAGCUUGCACUGCUUAGCUCAGGCCUUGUUGUUGUAUGCUUGUAGUAGGGCUAGAUAAUUGUUCAAUUGCCUAUCUGCCUCAUUCAGAAGUUGUAUACAAUUGAAAUCUAGUAAACCUAUUGAAAUAAAAGUAGUUUGUUUCUCUUCU